AUGAUUUAUUCACAAACAAAGGAUGCCGUUUACUGCUUUCCGUGUCGAAUAUUCGGGCUAGAAAAUACUAAGAUUGGAUCAAGUGAAGGAGUGUAUGAUUGGAAACACUUGGGCGAUUACCUAAAGUCUCACGAAUCUAGUCGACAGCACAAAAAUUGUAUGUUGAAAUGGUUUAAUUUAGAGAAUGGUUUAAAAAGCUGUUCUACUAUUGACUUCUUGGCCCAGCCACAAAUUGAACAAGAUAGGCAACGUUGGAGAGAUAUUUUAGAACGAUUGCUCGCAAUUGUAAAUUUUUUAGCAUCUCACAAUUUGGCAUUCAGGGGUCAUAAAGAGAAAUUAAAAUCUGACUCAGAUUCAAGUGAGACAAGCGGCAACUUUAUAGAUUUAGUAAAGUUAAUAGCCCGAUUUGAUCCCGUGAUGAGACUUCACCUAAAACAAGUAAAGGAUAAGACGAUUAAUGACCACUAUAUAGAAAAAAAUACUCAAAAUGAGCUCAUACAAUUAAUGCAACUUUCAAUUAUUAUAAGAUUUUUUGAUACAAAUACAGCUGAAAUUGAAGAACAUUUAAUUGGUUUCUUAGCUGUCGAAAAAAACACAGCUGAAAGUUUGACUAAUUACCUAAUCACAGAAUUAGAACAGUUAGGUAUAUCAUUGCUAAACUGCAGAGGCCAAGGAUAUGAUAAUGGUGCCAAUAUGCGUGGUGAAAAAAGUGGUGUACAAAAACGUAUUCUUGAAAUUAAUCCACUUGCUUAUUUUUUACCUUGCGGGAGUCAUAGCUGGAAUCUCAUCCUAGGAGAUGCAGCAUCGUCUUGUGUCCAAGCGAAAUCUUUUUUUGGUUUGCUACACUCAACUAGGUUGUACAUUCUGUUGGCCGGCUCAAGUCAGAGGUGGGCUAUUUUAAAUGCUCAUGUAAAAUCGUUAUCGCUAAAACCACUUUCUGAAACUAGGUGGGAGUGCAGGGUAGCAUCGGUGAAGGCCGUUAAAUACCAAAUAAGCGAUAUAUGUGAUGCUUUAAAGGAUUUAGCAGAAAAUACAACAGAUUGUCAGUUGGUCAGUGAAUGCCAUUCUAUAGAAAAGGAAAUAACUACCUACGAAUUUGUAGUUUCACUAGUGAUAUGGUAUGAUAUUCUAACAAAGAUAAAUGUUAUAAGUAAAAUGUGGCAAAACGGACACAAGCACUUAGAUGUGGCUAUACAACACCAAGACAGAUUCACAAAUUGGCUCGAUAAUUAUCGUGAAAAUGGUUUUCAGUCAUCCCUUGUUAUUGAAAGAUAG